UGAAGAAGAAGAAGAAAGAAAGUGACACAAAUCGGACUCUCCGUUCAUCGCCGUUAUUUGAAGGGGAGGGAUCAAAUGGAUAACAUUGUGGACUCAUUGAACAAAGCUUAUGAGAAGUUUGUUCUUGCUUCAGCUGGUGUUCUUGAGUCUAAAGAGAGUGCAGGUGGACAAAAAGCUUUGCUCACUGAUACUGCGUUGGAGAAUUUCAAGGAGAAAUGGGAACUGUUCCGUGUGGCUUGUGAUCAAGCAGAGGAGUUUGUGGAGUCAGUUAAGCAGAGAAUUGGAUCUGAGUGUUUAGUUGAUGAGGCUACUGGUUUAACUACUACUGCAGCAGGUGGCCAAGCACCAGCAGCGGUGACUGGUGCUGCGACUAGUCUCCCUCCCAUUAGUGCAGUAAGGCUUGAACAGAUGAGUAGAGCGGUUCGAUGGCUUGUUCUUGAGCUGCAACGUGGCUCUGGUGUAGCUCCUGGUUCUGUUCAUUCAUCCUCUACCGGGUUUGAUUCUAGAUUCUCUGAAGACUCGACUCAAUAGCGUGCCUAGUUAGUGUUAAGUUCGACAACCGCAGCUCCAUAACUCUCGAGUCAGUCGUUGUGAUGGGAAGAGUGGCCUAAUCAGUGUUAUGUUCUGUUAUUUCAUGGGAUUGAGCCAAGCUAGAAGCAACACUGGGGGUAUCAUUUAGGACUUAUGACUCUUACUAAAUAUUGGGCUUUUUAUUCUGAAUCUCAAGUAAAGAAGCUGUUCUUUUUUUGUGUGAUUCUUCAUAUGUUAUUAUGUUUCUGUUGUUUCAAAAAGAAUACUAAUUUUGAUCUUGUACAUGAUGUGUUUUUGGUUUUGUAUUAACCAUGAUUAUCAAGAGUUUAAAAAUGUAAACGAACUAGUAUAAUUUUGAGUUUUGAUUACC